CAGGAGGCUCAUAUUUAUUAAGACAGUCAAAGUUUGAUGGUUGAACUUCCCUGAGCUGUCUCACAAAAGAUAGAUCAAUGGAUAUAUUACGUUUGCUUUGUAUCGUCUCUGUGGCUUUUACAGGUUUAACCAAAGGAGCUGGUUUGUUACCAGACGGUCCUCUGAAUGCAGCUGUGGGAGGGACGGUGAUGUUCACCACAACACUGACUCCACCAGAGAAACCCUUUAUAGCAGUGGGCUGGAACAUUGGUGACAGAAACAUAAUCAGUUCAAAUGUUGGAAACGUAACUGGACCAGAGUAUGAAGGCAGGAUCACCUAUUUCACUUCUACUGCAUCUCUGGAACUCAGGAAUCUGACUCUUAAUGACAGUGGAGAAUACAGAGUUACCGUUACACCACAGGGAGAAGCACAAACGCAUGGAACCACCAGACUGUCUGUACAUGAGACAGUUUUUAAUGUAAUAGUAAAUGCCAGCAGCACAGACUUGGUGGAGUUCAGCAGCUCUGUCCGUCUGUCCUGCUCCUUCUCUGGAUCCUCCCUCUCUUUCCUCUGGCUGAACGGCAGCUCUGAGGUUACAGCCAGCGACAGAGUUCAGCUCACUGAUGGAGGCUCUACUCUCACUAUAGUUAAUGUGACCCGCUAUGACAAGGGACCAUUCAGGUGUCGUGUGUUCAAUCCUGUCAGUAAUGGCACCAGUGAUCCUGUAAACCUAACCAUCAGCUAUGGCCCAGAAAAUAUUAAUUUGAAGCUUUCUCCAACACAAAAAUAUUAUGAGGAAGGUUCAAACAUCAUCCUGUCCUGCUCAGCUGACUCCAGACCUGCUGCCCACUUUAACUGGUUUCUGAAUGCAGACCUGCUUUCUGAUACUGGACCAGAGCUCAGACUGAUGAACAUUCAGGAGAGUCAGAGUGGAAACUACAGCUGUCGGGCCUUUAACAACAAAACGGACAGAUAUGAAACAUCUCAGCUUUCAGUUGUUUUUGUACUGGCAAGUGUUUCCAAUGUUGUGGUGACCUCAAACACUACAGACUUGGUGGAAUUCAACAGUACUAUGAGUUUGUCCUGCUCCUCGUCUGGAUCCUCCCUCUCUUUCCUCUGGCUGAACGGCAGCUCUGAGGUUACAGCCAGCGACAGAGUUCAGCUCACAGAUGGAGGCUCCACUCUCACUAUAGUCAGUGUGACCCGCUAUGACCAGGGACCAUUCAGGUGUCGUGUGUUCAAUCCUUUCAGUAAUGGCACAAGUGAUCCUGUAAACCUCACCAUCAGCUAUGGCCCAGAAAAUAUUUAUUUGACAAUAUCUCCGACACAAGAAUCCUUUGAGGAAGGAUCAAACACCAGUCUGUCCUGUUCAGCUGUCUCCAGACCCUCUGCCUUGUUUAACUGGUUUCUGAAUGGAGACCUGCAGUCUGAUACUGGACCAGAGCUCACACUGAUAAACAUUCAGAUGAGUCACAGUGGUAACUACAGCUGCCAGGCCUUUAACAAAAAAACCAUGAGAUAUCAAACUUCUCAGCCAUCAGUUGUCUCUGUACUGGCAAGUGUUUCCAAUGUUGUGGUAACCUCAAACACUACAGACUUGGUGGAAUUCAACAGUACUAUGAGUUUGUCCUGCUCCUCGUCUGGAUCCUCCCUCUCUUUCCUCUGGCUGAACGGCAGCUCUGAGGUUACAGCCAGCGACAGAGUUCAGCUCACUGAUGGAGGCUCCACUCUCACUAUAGUCAGUGUGACCCGCUAUGACCAGGGACCAUUCAGGUGUCGUGUGUUCAAUCCUUUCAGUAAUGGCACAAGUGAUCCUGUAAACCUCACCAUCAGCUAUGGCCCAGAAAAUAUUUAUUUGACAAUAUCUCCGACACAAGAAUACUUUGAGGAAGGAUCAAACACCAGUCUGUCCUGUUCAGCUGUCUCCAGACCCUCUGCCUUGUUUAACUGGUUUCUGAAUGGAGACCUGCAGUCUGAUACUGGAUCAGAGCUCACACUGAUAAACAUUCAGAUGAGUCACAGUGGUAACUACAGCUGCCAGGCCUAUAACAAAAAAACCAUGAGAUAUCAAACUUCUCAGCCAUCAGUUGUCUCUGUACUGGCAAGUGUUUCCAAUGUUGUGGUAACCUCAAACACUACAGACUUGGUGGAAUUCAACAGUACUAUGAGUUUGUCCUGCUCCUCGUCUGGAUCCUCCCUCUCUUUCCUCUGGCUGAACGGCAGCUCUGAGGUUACAGCCAGCGACAGAGUUCAGCUCACAGAUGGAGGCUCCACUCUCACUAUAGAUGUGACCCGCUAUGACCAGGGACCAUUCAGGUGUCGUGUGUUCAAUCCUGUCAGUAAUGGCACAAGUGAUCCUGUAAACCUCACCAUCAGCUAUGGCCCAGAAAAUAUUUAUUUCACAAUAUCUCCGACACAAGAAUACUUUGAGGAAGGAUCAAACACCAGUCUGUCCUGUUCAGCUGUCUCCAGACCCUCUGCCUUGUUUAACUGGUUUCUGAAUGGAGACCUGCAGUCUGAUACGGGACCAGAGCUCACACUGAUAAACAUUCAGAUGAGUCACAGUGGUAACUACAGCUGCCAGGCCUUUAACAAAAAAACCAUGAGAUAUCAAACUUCUCAGCCAUCAGUUGUCUCUGUACUGGAGAGAAUAUCAGGUGCUUCUGUCAAAUCAUCAACAAACAUGCCGAUUGAGGGGAGCUCUGUCAACCUAACCUGUGACGCAGCUGGCACUGUCUUUACCAGAAAGUGGGUGAAGGACGGCUCAAAUCUGACUCUGACUGACAACAUGAUACUUCACGAUAACAACAGAGUGCUGUCUUUUAUCAGUCUGAAUAAAAAAGACAGUGGAGAAUAUUCCUGUAAAAUCAGCAACCCAAUCAACACUGAGGAAGCUACAUACACCGUGGUUGUUAACUAUGGACCAGAAAAUGUUCAAAUCACAGGUCCAAAUGAGAUCUAUAUUGAACAGAACUUAACAUUAACCUGCUCUGCUGAGUCCACACCAUCUGCUAGUUACACCUGGACACUGAAUGGGACUGAGAUACACAACUCUUCUGUGUUUGCUAAAGACAUCACUGAACUUUCUGACAGUGGCAACUACAUCUGUGAAGCAAUGAAUAAUGUAACUGGAAGAACAUCAUCAUCAGCGGUCCACCAGUUGUCUGUAACAGCUGUCAAAACAUCACCUUGUUCGGCUGGUUGCAUCGCUGGAAUAGUAAUUGCAUGUUUAGUCAUCUGUGGAGCAGGUGCUGGUGGAGGGUACUACAUUUAUCGAAAAAAAAAACAGACAAAAACAUCCAAUAGUAGAAACACUGCCACCAGAACUGGAGCUAAAGGCGAGAACAACACAGCAUUCUCAGGAAGUCAGGAGCUGAACUAUGCAGAUAUCAGGUUUCAUAACAAAGAUGGUGGGACAGUCCAGCUGGGAUUACAGAAUAAGACAUCAGAAUACGCUCAGGUCAACGUGAACAACAAUCCUCCUGCAGCAUCUUCUCCCCCUUCCUAUGAUGUCCACUUGCAGCGGAUGAAGAGUCCAGCUCCUCAACCUUAUGCUAAUUGCACACAACUUUAUUCUCAGGUUCACAAGAAGUGACCGCAGUGGAUAUGCUGUUCAGGUUAGAGUGGAAACCACAAACAGCUGACAUGCGGUUAGAGCACUGGUUCUCAAAAUGUUUCUGUCAUGCCCCUCAGAAGCAAAAAACAGUUCAUGCGCCCACCAUCCCAGCAAAAGUGGAGUUCAUUUUUAUAUCCGUAACAAUACGGGCGACAGAAAUAAAACUAGAUUGAGAACCACUGCAGUAGAGAAACCUGCACCUCCUCUCAGUUCCUUUUAUAGAGGACUAAUUUGGACUUGAGUUUAACUAGUCAAAGCACUUUGUCAGUGUUUAAUCAUCAACCAGUUCGUGACAAUUAUUCCAGUGACUAGAGUCAGAAGACACAAUGAUGCCCAAUUAGAUGAAAUGCACUAUAUUUAAUAUCUUUCCUAUCCCUUUUUUUGUAUGUGUACAGUAAAUGCAAAGUGCACCUAUCUGAGUGGAAAUAUAUAUAUGUGAUUCCGUUUUUUGUUUGAGCCUACUGUUUGAUACUGGUAUUGUGAUAAAUUUGAAUCCACAUGUUUGCUGUAUGAUUUCAAUUGAGAUUGCAGUUUGCAGCUUUUUAGUUAUGAAUUUGUUUAAUAUUCAUUUUACGUCUUAGAAAAUGAAAAGUUUACUUUAACUAAGUGGUAUUUCGCAGGACAGGGAUACUACAUUGACACUACAUCACUGGAGAUUGUUGAUUUGUCAUUACAAUAAUGAACUUUAAUCUUUUAUUCCAAAGGAACAGCUUAAAGCUUAAUAGAGAUAUACACCUUUGUAAUUUAAUUCCAUACUGAUAAAGUUCAGGAUCUCACAAAGUGGAGAUCUAUAGGCAUAAUGAUCCAAAACACUGGCUUGCAAAAGUAAACUAUAACUAGAGAUUCAGUUCCACAUGAAACAGAAGAAGAAGCAAUAGCUGAUAGUCAAACAUAGUUAUUAGAUGGAUAUCUGCAGGUACAAUAAAUGCAUUAAGUCUUAUUAAGUCUUAAGAAACUGUGGCCUGUAAGAAAUAUCAAAAUCUUUUCCCGCAAGUGAUGAUCAGGAGUAAUUCAGGAAAGUUUAUGGUAAAUGUCACUAAACGUUGCUAUGUGUUACAAUGAGGAGCUUACACUGUCAGCAUAUUUCUGUGAAAGGCCUCAUGCCAACAGGGAAGUCAUUCAAAAAAGUGAAACCAGGGCUAACUUUUUUGCUCUUUUGUUAUACAAACCUGCAAGUUAUAUUUUACAUGUUCUCUCUUUUUUAAAACGAUGAUAGGUUCAAAAUAAAUGAGAUAAAGAGAAUGAACCAACCUCUUCCAACCUGAGCUAAUGAAUCUGUGAGUGAAUCUGAGUGUUUGGCCAAAUUUCCCUUCCCCCAUAAGUUACUCAUGAGUAAAGCUCAAACUCCCUGUGAGUUUUUCACACAGUUGAUUUCACCUGCAUUGAAACACCACACCUUAAUCACUAUGACAACGAAUAAAUUAAUUCUUUACCUGUAGUUUACCUAUUAAUAAUGAUUAAAUGAAGGUAUAUUUAAAGAGAUUUUAAGGGAAUAAUUAAUUUGUAAAUUAAUGGGCUGUAUAUAUUAAGGUACUUUUACUAGAUUAUAUGCUCUUUUUAAAAGGGUUGUAGGGUUAAAAACUGUUAAAAAACAUGAAAACUACUCCUUAAUUUAUACCUUAAUAGGCCUUUACUUUUCAAUGAAGGUGAACAUUCAGGGGCAAACUGUAGCUGACAUGAAAAGCUGCUUUCCAGAUGACAAUAUGACUAUGAUUUCUUCUGCAACGGCAAUUUCUUCACAUCUAAGUAAGUCGCAUCUUAGUUUCUAGUCACUUAGGUUUGUACUAUUUUGUAUUUCACUAGAGCAACACAACCACACCUUUUAGGAAUUUUUCACUGCUAUACUAUGGAGUUAUGAAUCGGCCACUUUAUAGCUGACCGGUCUGGAAGUGACCAAUGACAAAAGAAAUACCAAGUCUGUGAUUGGUGUAUUUGUGUUUAUUUGUCUACUUUCCCAUGAAAUGGGCUGUUGUUGCUAUGCAGAUUUGAUGUGUAAAGAGUCAUAAUAGAGAAUACAUAUUACAUUAAUCUAAUUAAGGUGUACAUAAGGGGAAAAUUAUGUACCCCUUACAAAGGUUUUAAGGAGUUUAGGUUUUGCCUUUCAAAUGGAUUUACACAUUUAGGGA